GUGCUUUUGUUCUGCUCCACCGCCGCCGUUUUCUGUUUGGGGUCAGACUUAUCUGAAUCGUCUGAUGACCCAAACCCCUCUUCCCGAGCAGGAUCCAUCAACAAAUGGAGGAGGAGGAGAAGGAGGAGGUCCCGGUGGAGGAGGAGGUCCCGAUGGAGGAGGAGGAGGAGGUCCUGGCGAUGGAAGAGGAGGAGGAGGAGGAGGAGGAGCAGGUCUUGAUGGAGCAGGAGGAGGUCCCGACGAUGGACGAGAAGGAGGAGGAGGAGGAGGAGGAGGUCCCGAUGAGGAGGAGGAGGAGGAGGAGGUCCCGACAAUGGAGGACGAGGAGGAGGAGGUCCCGAUGGAGGAGGAGGUGGUUGUGGAGGAGGAGGUCCCGAUAAAGGAGGAGGAUUAUCCUAGGGAGGGAGAUUCCUCUGAGUUAGACAGAGCAAAGGCAGAGCUCGCCGUGUACAAAACAAAUUCGAAAACAUGGGAUUUGUGUCGGGUCCUGUUACUUAUUUAGAGCAAAUCGUGCCUAAACGAUCCAAUCCCAGCGCAAUCACAGGGGUACCUGUUCCUGUGAUGACUACUCCCCCGCCUCUGAUCGA